UAGUUACAACUUCUUAUCCAUUUCAAAGCUAUGAUGAAAUCUUCUUCUAUCUUCUUCCUCUCCACAUGGGCAUUCUACUUCACUCCCUCCUCUCUCUUCAUCCACCGAAACUCAAACCCCUAAACCUUAAUAAACCCAAGAGUCUAUCUCCUCUCGAACCUUCUGCAUCUCUUAAAGUCCCCACCUUUCGGAGAGAUGUGGUGCUUAGAACAUCAUCUCUCUGUUUCGUCUCCUUCAUACUCCAGAACCCACUUCUGGAGUCAUUAGCCGAUCCUUCGAAGUCUCCCCCCAAACCGGCUAGACUCGCCAUUGCCAAUACCAACUCUUGGUUCCAGUACUUUGGCGAUGGGUUCUCCAUCAGGGUUCCACCUCAGUUUAUUGACUUCACAGAGCCUGAGGAUUACUCUGCAGGAUUGUCUCUCUAUGGGGACAAGGCAAAGCCAAAGACUUUUGCUGCCCGUUUCGCAUCUCCUGAUGGAUCAGAAGUUGUGAGUGUGGUCAUUCGCCCUUCAAAUUCCCUUAAGAUCACUUUCUUAGAGGCUAAAGAUAUAUCUGCGCUGGGAUCACUGAAGGAAGCUGCAAGAAUCUUUGUUCCAGGUGCGGCAACGAUUUACUCUGCUCGUACAAUCAAGGUUAAGGAAGAAGAAGGUUUCAGAAAUUACUACCUAUACGAGUUUGGGAGAGAUGAAGAACGUAUUGCUCUAGUAGCAGCUGUGAAUAGGGGAAGGGUUUUUAUAGCUGGAGCAGCUGCACCGGAAUCCAAAUGGAAGGAAGAUGAGUUGAAGCUUCGAUCUGCUGCCAUUUCUCUGACGCUCCUAUAAUUGAAUGAAACCAUAUUCUUCUUCUAACAGAGAACGUGAAACGCUUCUUUUAGUCGAACCAGAAAUGAAGAGUUAAGACCAACCAGAACAAAUGAACAUUGUUUUGGAACCCUUUUGAGUCAUUCAUGUUCUGUUUUUAUUUUUGCCUUUGGUGAUGUGAUGUGAUGUGAUGUUCAUUAUUGUAAUGUAUACUCUGUAAUGAAAAAAAAAAAGAAAUCAAGAUUCUUUUAAACGCGUGA